AUGAGCGACACGACUACAAGCUCUGACGACAAGGUGGCGGAGGCACUGGCCUACGCCAAAACCGUACCAACACGAUACAAACGGCUCAAGACGCGAUACCAGCGGAAGUUUCGCGUUGUGGACUGGCACCAGCCGAGAUCGCGGGCGAGGCGCAAUUUGGCAAAAUGUGGUCACCGAGGUGCAACAUGA